CCAUGGCCCGUACUGGCAAGACUGCCAUGCUUAGUAUGCCCAUGGGCUUAAGUUGAAGACGACCAGGGAUGCCCAGGCCCGCACCUCAUGUUUCCCUUGCCCCAGACAUGACUUGGGUGCUUUGACAGGGGCCUGGGGGCACUCUGCCGUCUGGUCCGCCGCUGGGCCCUUGAGGGCGUGUGUGGGCGUGGGACAGAUUGCGAGUGACAGGCCUUUGAACCAAAGAGUGAGGGUGGUGGAUCCAGAGGAUGGGAUGUGGUGGUGGUGGAUCAAGAUCCACAGCUCUCUGACCCUGGCUUGGUGAUUGAGACACGACAUGGAGGGUUUUCUAACUGACUGCCUAUCGAGCACAUCUGGUGUGAAUACGCCAGUCCUCGUCGUCAGUACUUAUCACUCCACGUCCCCGUGCUUGUCCAUCCUUCGUUUCCCUCCUCAUCGAAAGGUAUGAUCGACAACCGCGUCGGAUCUCUGUAAUACUCUCUUCUCUUUUAUACCAAGUUCUUCCUUCUUUUGUGAAUCGUUCUUAUUUGCUGGAUAUCCUCGUUCCUCGAGAGUCCCUCACAUUCAUUAUAACCACCUCUUGCGGCACUCUCGAUAUACUUGAUAAAUCUCUUGUGCUUGCUUCAACUACCUUGGACUAGACUUCAGACCUUUCAUGUACAACAAGAACGUCCCCAAUCCACGCACCUAAUACCGAGUCUCAACUCGUUGUCCACUCUUUGGAACACCACAAAAGGAACCGAACACCACACCUUCAUUAGGCCGAUUGCCAGUCAAGCAAACUAUACAUACACCAAUACCAACUUAAUAUCUAAACCCUCCAACCCGCUAACACCACAGCCAACUCUAAAGAAAUGGAUUCCACAAUGAUGCCCCAGGCCGUCGGCCAAGCUCCCUUCUACUUCUACAACCCUGAGUCCAAGCAUGAUAUGCGACAACACUUUGCUCAGCAACAAAUGCAUAUGUAUCCCAUGGUUCCUACACUGCCUUCAACUCCAGUCUACUCGCGACCCAGCUCAGCCAGCAACUCUCAGCCCCCCACUCUGUACAGCAAUGGCCCAGCCGUCAUGACUCCUACUGCCUCGCCACAGCCCAUGUCGCAUAAGCCCGCCAUUUUGUUGGAGAAUGAGCUGUACGAGAACUCGUACUUUCCUUCGACACCACCUCUGUCGACCUCUGGCAGUACCAUUGGCAGCCCCAGCGCCUGCGAGGUGCUCCAGACCCCGAUGAACCCCAUGUUUUCUGGACUGGAUGGUAUCGAUGGCUUCAAGGAGGCUCUCGAGCCUGUUGAGACUGCAGUACUCGACUGGUCCAACUGCGGAUCUCCCCCAAUGACACCUGGUAAGUUUACUUUUAUCUCAAAGCCUCCAAUUACCGGAUCGUACAAUGGUAUUGUGCCGCAAGCUCGGCUUGAGCCUAUUUUUGGGCCUGGUAGCGGGAAAGAUGGUGGUGCUGACGUUGGCUAUCGCUAUCUCGGCCCAAUCACCUUUUGAGGCGCAGACCUGCAGUGCGCUGUCCCAGUACCUGAGCGGUGGAGCAAACACGGGAAUGACCUGAUGGAGACUAACUGUGCAAUGAUAGUGUACCUUCAAUCUCAACUCGGCAAGGUUCCCUCUCUUAGCAACACCGCCAGCGACCUCGUGUCCACCCCGUCUCUGUCUCCCUCACCCGCACCUUAUGCCCGCUCCGUCUCUACACCGGAUUUGGACGUCGACUUCUGCGACCCAAGGAAUCUGACUGUCGGUACUGGUGCCAUCAACAGCACCCUAGCCCCUGAAUUCGCUCUCGACGAGAUCAAGGUUGAGCCCAAGAUUGCUGCUCAGUCUUUUGACUUCAACCCUACUGUUCCCCACGGCCUCCCCACCUUUGAAGACUUUUCUGAUUUCGAGUCUGAGGACGAUUUCGUCAACAGCCUCGUCAAUCUCUCUGAGCAGCCUGCUACUGCUUCUGCUGACAUCACCCGACCUCGGGCUUGCACUGGCUCCUCGGUUGUUUCCCUUGGCCACGGCAGCUUCAUCGGCGACGAGGACCUUUCAUUUGACGACAACGAGGCCUUCCAGUUUCCCUCUCAUCCCAGCCCUCCAGUCUCCUGUGCGUCCGAGGACUGCCACAAGGACAAGCGUACCAAGAAGACUCACGUCAAGGAGAGCACCGCUGGCCCUGUCAUGAACAUGGCUGCCUCCGCCACAGACUCUGGUAACACUCAGGAGUCUUCCAACCAGGCUGCUGAAGCUAGCGACUCUGGUGCCUCAUCUGGCUCAGAGGGUUCCCCUGCUCCUCUCCCCGCUCCUGCAAACCGCCGCGGUCGUAAGCAGUCCCUUACCGAGGACCCUUCAAAGACCUUUGUCUGUGAUCUCUGCAACCGCCGCUUCCGCCGCCAGGAACACCUCAAGCGCCACUACCGUUCUCUGCACACCCAAGAGAAGCCUUUCGAGUGCAACGAGUGCGGCAAGAAGUUCUCCAGAAGCGACAACCUGGCUCAGCAUGCUCGAACCCAUGGUAGCGGCGCCAUCGUCAUGAACCUCAUUGAUGACGACUCACACGCAUAUGAUGCCUCCAUGAUCCCUCCUACGGCCGAAGAUUACAGCAACUACGGCAAGGUCCUGUUCCAGAUUGCCUCUGAGAUUCCUGGCAGUGCAAGUGAAAUGUCCUCUGAUGAGGGCAGCGACCAGGGCAAGAAGAAGCGCAAGCGCUCUGACUAAAUGGUCCAUCAAUCAUACAUCAUUCAAAAUGCUCAAGAAAGCUAGUCGAUUAUCUUGACAUAUGCCCGAUACGACGCUGACGACCUUCUUCUUCUUCGGCCAUCCGCUCAAUUUUGACGAUGGCAUUUGGGUCACGGAACAUUUUUCCAUUUAGGUUACAACCUUGGGUAAAAGGGAGUCUUCACACAAAACAGUGCAAGCGAUAAUGAAUGCAUUUACACAUCGUCACCAUACCUGUAUCAACAAUAUCCACAGCCUCGCUACGCAUCACGACACUAGGGAGGACAUUUGAUUUCAUCGAUUUCUUGUUUUUGAAGAAUUGCAAUGCAUCGCCAAAGUCAACUGUGCGACACAGCUGGUUGAACUUGGCUUUCUGGUGACUUUAUUCAAUGGACACAACUGGCGCGAGAGGGGAAAAAUUACUUGGUUUUGAGAACAUUUGGGAGCGGCUCCUCACCUCACAUCAGAAUCGUGAUGGAUGAGUUUGCCAACGACAACGACCACCAUAAAAACUUGGCGGCUUGCCGUUCUUUACACUCGUUGUAAUCAUCCUGUGCGGCUGGAAGCUGGAACUGAAGGCUCGCCGGGACGACGGUAUCACUUGAGAGCAGUGGGAGAUGAAGGUGAAGGCGUCUGUCUUUUUUCUUCUUUCUUCUUCCAUAUUCUUGUGUUUACUCUGAUUCUUUGUCUGUCGUUUGCCUGUUGCUGGAUUUUUAGAGAUGUCGAGUACAGUAGUGUGCCGGUCACAGUCAUUGACAGACGCUCAUCCUCACAACAAUUCAUGUACAAUUUAGAAGUUUGGUCUAUUGAUCAACAAUUUACACAAUGCUGCCACAUAUCUCGUUCAUCUUGCCUGUGAUAUCUUUCUUUGGAGCAGCGGCUUGACAGUACCUUGACUUGUUUAACUUGACAUGACACUCCUCAUUGCUGCUACUUAAUUGUAACUUCAUCCUCCGAAACCUCAACUAAGAACUAUGUCAACCUUCUAAAGACUGAUGGUAUGACCCACGGGACCUUGUGUGAAACCUGGCUCAGCCACUGGCGCGUCAACAGCUUAGCCAUGAUUCCCUCCCGGAGGAGCUCUUGAUGUAACUACUAUAUCUCUGGCU